UAGCUCUGUUUCCCUUUCCCCAACCCACUCGUCCUUCUCCCACUUUUUCCUCCCCACUGUCUUCUCCUACCUUGAUCAACAUGGCUGGAGAGAAGAAGGAAGUUGAUAUCCUUGAUACCGAUGACGAUCUAGCUGUGGCCAUCGCCAAGCGCACGGCGGAGCUCUCCCGUUCUCACCAGAGACCCGCUUUCACCGUUGUUCUCUCUGGAGGUUACCUCAUCGACAAGCUCAGGAAAUUGGUGGAGCCGCCGUACGUCGGUGAAGUCGAUUGGGCUAAGUGGCAUAUUUUCUGGGUCGAUGAGAGGGUGGUGAAGAAGACGGAUCCCGAUAGCAACUAUAAGCUCGCCAAAGAUGGUUUCCUUUCCAAGGUUCCUAUUCCCGAAGGCCAAAUUUAUGCUAUUAAUGAUUCUCUGGACGCAGAGCAUGCAGCAGACGACUAUGAGGCCAGGAUCCAAAGGUUGGUGGAGCGUGGGGUGGUGGAGAUUUCGCCUCACACUAAGUUUCCAAGGUUUGAUCUUAUGCUUCUGGGAAUGGGCCCUGAUGGCCACCUUGCUUCUCUUUUUCCUCAUCACCCACUUCUCGAUGAGAAGGAGAAAUGGGUUACAUUUAUCAAAAAUUCUCCAAAGCUCCCACCUGUGCGAAUAACCUUCACCUUCCCUGUAAUUGAUGCUUCGGCUUACAUUUUCAUGGUGAUCGCUGGCUCUGGCGAAGUUGAUGCUGUGCAGAAAGUAUUAGGGGUUAAUUCAUCAACUGAUUUGCUGCCUGUGCAAAGGGUUGAGCUUGAGAAUGGGAAGUUCAUUUGGUUUCUUGAUAAACUGGCAGCUUCAAAGCUUUUGAAUAUCUGAUAGUUUUAUGGCAUCAGUCAGCUGUUCUUGCUUUUGAAUAACGGUCCUGCUGACCGUCUUAUGUUUCAUGGGGUUUAGUAGAUGUAUGAGAGGCUCAUAUGCCCUCUACGGCCCACGUUAAUGUACUAAAUAACUGUUGGUGUUAAAUAAAUCAUGCUAUAUUCCUUUUGCUCA